AUGCUCCCACUGCCACAUUCAAGGAAAUCAUAUAGUAUAGAUUGUGGUAACACUCCACAAACAGCAUGUCCAGAUAUAUUGACUGGUUUGACUAUAUAUAGAAAUGGUUCAAACACCAGUGCUUCAUCUUUGAUUCUGAGUUUGGCAGCUGCUACUUACACAGGAUCAAAUAAUAGCUUCAUAAAUAUCAACAUUGGUGAAACUGUUUCCAUUGUUGGAUCAUCAACAGAUCCAAGUUCUUUUGCCACUGUUGAUCUUCAAUCAAAUAGUAGUUUUAUAACAAUUGGCGAUGCUGUGCCAAUCGUAGAUUCAACUACAACUUUAAAGAUCAGUAAUUUAGAUAUUAUCAAUGGAAAGAGUUCAACUCAAAACGGUACUGUUGUCAAUGUUAAUACCAAAUCUACCUCCACAGUAGUAAGCUUGUCAAUGAACAAUGUUUAUGCUCUUGGAAGCAAUGCACUUGGAGGAUAUGGAGGUUCAAUUUAUUUCCACACAAAUAAUAUCAGUUCAUUCGUUCGCAUUACCAACUCUCUCUUCGAGAACAACAAUGCCAAUUACGGAUCUGUUUUCUACACUGAUACUCCAGGUGAUGCAAUCAUUAACAACUGCCAAUUUAUCAACAACAAAGUUGUAUUCGAUUCAAUUGUGUACUCUUUGUAUGCAACAACAAGUUUUGUCAAUCUUACAUUCACCGACAAUCAUGCCACCAAUUCAAUCAUUACACUCGAUUCCAAUGCCGGAGAUAUUAUUAAUUCCAAUACCCCGGUUGUUACCUUGAUCGAUAGUUUAAAGUUAUUCAACAACACACUUAGUUCCAACUCCAAAGGUUUUCUUUCAUCUUUUAACAACUACAUAUCAAUAGAUGAAUCUGUCUUCCAAUUUAAUACUGGUUCAACAGCAAUAUACUUUGUAUCUACAACCGGAUCUAAUUUCCUUGAUAUUUCCGAUAGUAACUUUAUUUCCAACAGUGGUGCUAAAGAUGGUGGUGCUAUCUACCAAAGCGGAGGAACAUCAGAUAUCUCGAAUACAACAUUCAAAGAGAAUAAAAGUCAAAACAAUGGAGGUGCUUUGUUUUUAACAAACUAUGUUGCUUCCACUUUGAAGACAGUGUCACUCACUAAUAACACUGUGAUUGGCAGUGGAUCAGGUAGUUCUAUCUUUACCAACUCAGCAUCAAACACUCUAUCUUUGACCAGUGUCUCAUUUACCAGUCAAUCAAACUCAACCUCAUCCAUCUACUGUAAUUCAACAUCAAUCUAUUUAUACAGUAUUAAAUUUGAUAAUGUUGCACCAGUGAUUGCUUGUUCCACAAACAAAUCAUGUUUAGUUCACAGUGAUGGUAUUAUCGGUCAACAUUGUGAUAAUGUUGUGAACUCUAGUGAUGAACCAAACACCAGUAGCAGUAGUGACAACAAACAUAGCAGUAGCAGUGAUAAUCAUCAUCCAGACAAUGAUAAAAACGGAUUAUCAGGUGGUGCAAUAGCAGGUAUUGUCAUAGGUGUACUUGUAGCAAUUGGUUUAAUCGGUGCUGCUGUAUUCUUUGUUCUCAAGAGAAGAAAUCGUUCACAAUAUUCAAAUAUUUAA